CACGUAGUUCAUACUGCCCACGCGUAAGAUAGUCUUGUUCACAAAUUACAAGCAGAUAGACUAUAGGACGACACAGUGUGUGUUCAUCCAUAUUCUUUACGCCAUAAUAUAAAAUGGUUUCGGCAAAAUUAAUUGUGUUGUUAACUAUCGAAAUAGCGGCAAUAACUGGAGCGCCUUAUGUCGAACCAGAAAUGUCACCGUGUCCAAAAAUUGCUCCAUUUACCAAAUUUAGUGCAGAUCGAUUAUUAGGGAAAUGGUAUUUGGCUAUAAUGAUCAUGGAAUCGUACACCGAAGAAUUUGUAGAGGAUAACGUUUGUAUUCACGGAGAACUUUUGAGAUACAACAACACUAUGCUGAAACAAAUUUGGAAUGUAGACAAUCCAAUGUUUGCUGAAGAGCACAGCGCCAUAGUAGAGCUGCCGACGAUCAUAGUAGAAGAAGGCGUUUGGACCAUCGAAAGUCCUCUGGGAGGCGAGAUAAACGCAACGAUAAUCAGCGCGGAGCCUGACGAUCAUAUGAUUUUGGUAUUUUGUGGAGUAAAAGGAAUAGAUAAACUACAUAUGUGGACAGUAGUUGUGACACGAAAGAGUGGUAUUCUUGCACCAGAAACAUUAAGAUUAUCAGCAAUUUUGGUCAAACACGGUUAUGAUCCCAAAACUAGUAGAAUUAUUAGUUGGAGAGAUUGCCCAGAUUAUAAAACCAUAUAGUAUAACUAUAUAUUGUAACAAAUAGUUUUUGAUCAAUAAAUACUACAGUGUGUAAA